AUGUCGAGACCACUCCAGCAACGUGGGAAUUCCCCGGAAUGGCCAUGUAUCGAUUCGGUCCCCCGCACUCAACAUCACGGCCCGAUACCCAUGCCAUAUCCGUACCGACAUGAGCCUCGACAGGUACCCCAGACGGGUUAUGAGCGACCUAUGCUCGGAGCACCCCUUGCUUCGAGGAUUCCCGCCUUGGUUCUUCCGGACAGAAGCACGGAUCCCCGAUAUAUGCUCGCCUCCGACAAUGCCUACAUGAAUACACAACCGGUGCCGCAAGCGCUCCCGCUGCGAUCUUAUCCCGGUGCUGAUGCCCGUCACCCAUACGAAGAGAGAUACCCAACGUCGAACCAUGCCCGGGACUAUGACAGUCACCGGAGCUGGACAUACGACGUGGAGUCCCAGUAA